AUGGGAGGUCAGCCGGGCAACAUGAUGACGGGGGGCCAACCCGGCAGCAUGGGCAACAUGAUGAUGGGCAACAACGGCCAAGGCAGUGACAUCUCCGGUGCAAUGGGGGGAGGUCCUUCCUUAGGUGCAAUGUCCGCCGGCAACGGAAUGGGCAAUGGAAUGGGUAACGGAAUGGCCAACGGAAUGGGCAAUGGUGGGAACCAAGAACUCGACAUCAACGUCACAGUCUCGACUGUUCCCCCCAAAACCAAUGCCACGAACGGCACAGCGACGGCCCCAGCCACAACGACUCUAGCUGCUACGACGGCGACACCGGCAACGACGACCGUGCGCAGUGGUGCGUCGACGGUCAAGGGCUGGCUGCUAACCCACCCCCAGGGUGUGCAUCGACUGCGACUACAUGUGACCCAGUUCCGGGUCGACCACCUGGACUAG